UUUGGUUCCGAGCGGGAAUCCAGCGAUCAGCCGCUCUUCGGCCAAUUGACACGUUCAGGAUUUUUCUCCCGUAGGGGUACCGCGGCUAUGCCUUCGAAUGGUCUCGUUUCCGGCCGGCCAUGGAAAACCUUUGGCCAACUUCCGCUGCACCAUCUGUUGCCGGCAGCCCUCCUUGGCUUUCUUCUCCGCUGACAAUUCGGCAGAAACUUGCUGCGCUGCAAGUUCCCCACAUCCCUGAGCAGCGCGUCGCUAAGAGCUUUCCAGGAAGGGAUUGAGGAUGAAGCUCUCUUGGUUGGUCUGUGGAGCUCUGGCAGUCUUCUGGGGAGCCAUUUUCGGAGCAGCUUUUUAUGACCCUCAGGAUGACGAGACGGUCCUGGUUGACAAUAAGUGCCAGUGUGCGAAGGUGACUUCGACAUUUGUCCCGUCCAAAGACAAUCCUAAAGAAGAAGUCUUGGAGAGAAACAUCCGCAUAAUAGUGCCUCUGAAGAGCAGGGAGAAUAUUUCAGACCCCACCUCACCAGCAAGAACCAGAUUUGUCUACAAACUCUCCAAGCUCUGCGAGAAAUGUGAUACAGCGGCAGCCAGCAUGGACGACGAGGGAAUUGUUUCCGGGAAGACAACUCCAUGCAACGACCCCGAUGAACCCUGCUACACCUACGACAGGAACAAGUGCUACACGGCCUCAGCCCUGUUCUCCCAUAAGGGGAAAACCCAUGUCAUCACGACACCCCUCAAUCCGGAAUCCUGCUAUCCAGAUUAGAGAUAAUCCGUAAUGUUGGACAUCCCGGACAGACCUACGCGACAUGCUUCUAUUGGUUUUAAGUUAGUUAACCGGCAUGGCUUCCCCCAAAAGAAUCCUGGUUUGGAUAGUUUGGUGAGCUGAAGGGUUGCCAACUUCCAGGUGGAGCCUGGAGAUCUCCCAGAAUUAGAACUCAUCUCCAAACUACAGAGAGAUUGGUUCCCCUGGAGAUUAUAGCUACUUUGGAGGGUGGACCAUAUGGCAGGAUACCCUAUUCAGGAGCCUCCAGGGGUGGAAUUCUAGCAGGAGCUCCUUUGCAUAUUAGGCCACACCCCUCUGAUAUAGCCAAUCCUCCAGGAGCUUACAGGCAGGGGGGUGGAAUUCUAGCAGGAGCUCCUUUGCAUAUUAGGCCACACACCCCCUGAUGUAGCCAAUCCUCCAAGAGCUUACAAAAAAGAGCCUUGUAAGCUCUUGGAGGAUUGGCUACAUCGAGGUCUGUGGCCUAAUAUGCAAAGGAGCUCCUGCUAGACUUUUACCCCUGUGAGCCUCCAUUUCCCAACCCAAUUCUCCAGGCUCCACCUCCAAAUUUUCAGGAAUUUCCCUGCCUGCAGUUGGCAAAUUCAGUGCUCAAGACGCCUACAAUCCCCUCCUAGUACAACAGGCCAGGUGACGUUGAGGAAAUGGCUAUAAAGCCAGUUCAGGUCUGUGAUGUAGACAUAUUGUUACCUACUCUAAAAGUCUGGAAGAAGAACUCAGUACUGUUGCUUAAAAUAUGCUGUUGCUUAAAGCAAAUCUGCAUCAGUACAAUGCUCUGCUGUGCUUUCUUCCCCUUUUAAUUUCUCCCACUAAACGGUAUCAUUCCUUUCUCUUUAUCACCUGCCUUUACCUACAGCUCUUAAUUAAUCCACGCUGUCAAUAAAAAUAAUCUUUCAUUAUC